AAAAGAAUGACAUCUUAUCUCCAUAUCGAGAAGAUAUAAAUUGAGUUUUAAUCACAAAACUGACAAAAAAUGAGUAGGGUCUCCGAUCCAGAUACUUACACGUGCAUUUUUACAUAGUAAUCUUUCAUCAUAAUUGGCGGGAUUCAAAUUCAAGAUUUACCCUUUGUGGCAUUCUUUAUCUACUUGUUGAGAUAUGCUCACCGACUCUGCACGUAUUAUUAUUGUAUCUAUUCCUCCAUAACACGUACAAAAACUUGUGCAUUAUAAAUUAGUUAUUUCUUCGAUCUUCAUGAUUGAUUUAUAUAAUUACAUAGAUUGGCUCCUUAAUGAGACUUGCAUGCAUGUUACUGAGUAUAUAAAAUCGUACGUUAACGUGAUUACAUACGGAGUCGUACGUAGUAUUCAUUAGUAAGUGUUUCGUAUUUCUGACACUAAUAAAUUUGCACACAUUCAUAAGCUAAGAAAGCUCUAUCCAUCAGCAAUGGCUCAAUUACCUCCGAGAGCUCCAAACGUGACACCCACUUGGCACGACUUUUCUCUUCAGAAGCCGCCGGCCACGGCGGUGCCCUCUCUCACGCCGUCCUGGGUCGACGAGUUCCUCGACUUCUCGUCCGUCAAGCGCGGCUCGCACCGGAGGUCGAUCAGCGACUCCAUCGCCUUCUUGGAGAGCCCGAUGGCGGAGGAGUGCCGGCGGCUGUCCACUCCUGCCGGCGGCGGGGGUUCCGGGAUGAAUGGUAACGAGUUCGACCGGUUCGACGACGAGCAGCUCAUGUCCAUGUUCAACGACGACAUCGCCAAUUCGGUGGGGCCAACCAGCUCCAACACGUCGUCGCCGUCCGAUCACAACAGCAACAGUAACGAUGAUAAUGUUAAGCUGAAGAACGGCGGCUCCGACCACCUCCGCCUCUACCAGACGCCGCCGCAGUUCAAGAGGGAACCGGAGGAAGUGGAGAGCUCAUGCAAGUCCGAGGAUCAAACGAGGACCACAGCAGCUCAUGAUGCGGCGGAUUACUCAUCGGAAAAGAUAGUUGAUCCAAAAAGAAUUAAGAGGAUAUUGGCAAACAGACAAUCAGCACAACGAUCCAGAGUGAGGAAAUUGCAGUACAUAUCGGAGCUAGAGCGUAGUGUUUCCACUCUACAAGCGGAGGUUUCAGUACUGUCACCGAGGGUCGCAUAUUUGGACCACCAACGUCUAGUUCUGAAUGUAGAUAACAGUGUCCUCAAGCAAAGAAUCGCUGCUCUUGCCCAAGAUAAAGUCUUCAAAGAUGCUCACCAAGACGCAUUGAAAAGGGAAAUAGAGAGGCUGAGGCAAAUUUAUUACCAGCAGAACUUAAAGAAUGUGGAAGAUAAUGGUACACAACCACCCCUGGCUGAUCAAUCUAAUUGUUCUGAAAAGAAAGAGCAACUUGCCCAUUGAUGAAUUGAAGGAAAUUAAAGAGAGAUGUUUACAGUGGAAGAGAAAAGGAAGAGUAGUGCAUUUAUGUAUGACAAGUGGAACCUACAAAGAGUUUCUAUGCAUGGGAGGCAAGAUAAGGUUACUUAGAUGUCUGCAGGCAGCCUCCCCCCACCUUGCUCAAAGGAGGGACCAUCAAUC